GCGGGUGGGCGCCGCCAUUUUGCAGGAAGAGGGCUGUCCGGGGCUGUCAUUGCCGGGGAGCAGCGUCUGCCAUGGCCAAUGUGCUGUGUAGCAGAGCAAGGUUGGUCUCCUACCUGCCAGGAUUUUACUCCUUGCUCAGGAGGGUUGGAAAUGCCAAAGCUUUUUCCACUGCAGGAUCCUCUGGCUCAGAUGAGCCCCACGUGGCUGCUGCACCCCCUGAUUUAUGUCCCAGGACGGUGUGGCCGGACGAGCUGAUGGGUCCCUUCGGGCCGCAGGACCAGCGCUUCCAGCUGCGGAACAUUGGCUUCGGGUGCCACCUGCAUGGCACUGCCAGCCAGAGAGCCCAGCCCGCCCCCAGCCUGCCCGACCUGCUGGCAGAGCCCUCGGCCAGCGACAGGCACGAGUUUGUCAUGGCCCAGUACAUCAACGAGUUCCAGGGUUCUGAUGCUCCCCAGAAGCAGCAGAUCAAUAAUGCUGAAACCUACUUUGAAAAUGCCAAGGUGGAAUGUGCAGUGCAAGCCUGUCCUGAGCUGCUGAGAAAAGAUUUCCAGUCGCUGUUCCCCGAGGUGAACCCCAAGCGCCUGACGGUGCUCACGGUGACCCAGAGGAGCCAGCACGACAUGAGCGUGUGGAGCCACGAGGUGGAGCAGGAGAGGGAGCUGCUGCUGGAAAACUUCAUCAAUGGUGCCAAGGAAAUCUGCUAUGCAAUUUCUUCUGAGGGCUACUGGGCUGAUUUCAUUGAUCCCUCCUCAGGACUGGCUUUUUUCGGGCCUUACAGCAACAACCCCCUGCUGGAGACGGACGAGCGCUACCGGCACCUGGGCUUUGCCGUGGACGACCUGGGCUGCUGCAAAGUCAUCAGGCACAACCUGUGGGGCACCCACGUGCUGGUGGGCACCAUCUGCACCAACGCCGAGCCCGACAGCCCCAUCAUGAGGAAGCUCAGCGGCCACUGAGCCCUCCCUGCUGCUGCUGUCCCCUCCAGGGACCCUUCAGUUCGCGGGUGAUCCUCCCUCGGUAUCGCCAGGGCUUCCUCGCUCUAAGUGUUCUUAGAGAAUAAAAGUAGCUGGGAUUUUAUUUCUGGUCUGUUGGGAAUGUGUGUUCACCACUUGUGGCUUGGAAUGUGGAUUGGCAGCGUUGAGAACCAGAAUUCAGAUUUCCUUUUUGAAUUCUCCCAUUUUCUCUCGCCUCGGCAAUUCUGUCGUUGCUCGAUUUAAUGCUCGGAAUCCUCUGAAAAUGCCACUGAAAUUCCCAACAAAUCUGCCAUUCCUGAAAUUAGGAACUGGCAAAAAAAUAUGCAGUGAGUCAUAAAAUUGUUCUCCCAGAAUGCAGAACUUAAUAAAAUCUGGGCUAAUCACUCAUUUGCUGUUGGAAAAUGAGAAUGAGGUCAACUUCCAGUGGUCUCCAACUCAUCCAGAGACUCCAUAAAAAGUCCUAAAUUACCCUGGAAUUACUCAUCUCUUAUUGUUUUUUGUCUUCAUGGUGCUUGGGAUUUAUUUUCUCAGUAUUAGCUAAAUAUAUUUAAUUAGUUUAUAUACCUAAAUGUAAUUUAAAGUUGCUUUUGUAACUUUCUUAGGUCAUUAAAUACCAAAAAAGAGAGAUAAUGGGGCAAUGCUUGGAUCUCAUCAUUGUUUUCCUGGACUUGGAUGCAAUCUAGACUUGCCUCUGGAAUUUGGAAAUGCAGAGAGCAAUUAGGAUCAAUUAUUGCAAUUAGAGAGAUGUUUCAGCAGGAAGGUUCCAGGCUCCAGAAACACUCAGUCAAUGGGGAGCAGCAGGGCAGGAAUUCCAAAGCUCCUGGAACACCUGGAAUUUCAGUGCCUUGAGUUUGGCUCUGGGGCUGAAGCAAUGAAGCAGAUUUGGGUCUCAGCCCAGGCAGUGUGGGGCCAUUUUCAUGGAAUAGUGGGAAUCCUGCAGGAUUUAUUCCACGGGAAUCUGUUGCAGCUCAGUCUAGUGAGGAUCCAGGGAUUUUGACUUUACCUUUGCUGUUAUCCCAGGCAGUUUGGAGCCAUUUUGCAGUGGGAAUCCUUCAGGCUCUAUUCCAGCUCAGUGUGGUGAGGAUCCAGGGAUUUUACCUUGACCUUUGCUGUUAUCCCAGGAAGUUUGGGGCCUUUUUUGUGUAGCAGUGGGAAUCCUGCAGGAUUUAUUCCAUGGGAAUGUGCAGCAGCCUGGUCUGGGUGAGGAUCCAGGGAUUUUGCCUUGACCUUUGCUGUUAUCCCAGGCAGUUUGGAGCCAUUUUUAUGGAGCAGUGGAAUCCUUCAGGCUCUAUUCCAGCUCAGUGUGGGUGAGGAUCCAGGGAUUUUAACCUGAUUUUUGCUGUUAUCCUGGGAUAACAGCUUUGGAGCCAUUUUCAUGGAGCAGUGAGAAUCCUUCAGGCUCUAUUCCAGCUCAGUCUGGGUGAGGAUCCAAGGAUUUUACCUUGACCUUUGCUGUUAUCCCAGGCAGUUUGGAGCCAUUUUUAUGUAGCAAUGGGAAUCCUUCAGGCUCUAUUCCAGCUCAGUGUGGUGAGGAUCCAGGGAUUUUAACCUGAUCUUUGCUGUUACCCUGGGAUAACAGUUUUGGAGCCUUUUUUCAUGGAGCAAUGGGAAUCCUGCAGGAUUUAUUCCAUGGAAAUGUUCAGCAGCUCAGUCUAGUGAGGAUCCAGGGAUUUUGACUUUACCUUUGCUGUUAUCCCAGGCAGUUUUGGAGCCUUUUUCAUGGAGCAUGAGAAUCCUUCAGGCUUUAUUCCAGCUCAGUGUGGGUGAGGACCCAGGGAUUUUAACCUGAUCAUUGCUGCUAUCCCAGGCAGUUUGGAGCCAUUUUUAUGUAGCAAUGGGAAUCCUUCAGGAUUUAUUCCAGCUCAGUGUGGGUGAGGAUCCAGGGAUUUUAACCUGACUCUUGCUGUUAUCCCAGGCAGUUUGGAGCCAUUUUGCAGUGGGAAUCCUUCAGGCUCUAUUCCAGCUCAGUGUGGGUGAGCACGCAGGGAUUUUGCCUUGACCUUUGCUGUUCUCCCAGUGUUCCCCACCUGCACCCCCAUGGAUCCCAGAGCUGUCCCAGGCUCUCCUGUCCCUCCCCAGGCCCUGAGCCAGGCCCACCCAAGCUUUGCUGGCUUUGGGAGCUGUUCCCAAAGUUCCCAUUCCCAAAUUCUGCUGCUGCCCUGCAGUUCUGGAUUUGGGGCAGGACUGAUCCCUUUGCCAUGGGAUUUGUGCUGGGAUUCCAGAGCCCAUCCCUCACCUCUGCUCUCCAUAACAUCUGUUACUCCAAGGAUUUUAUUCCUAUUUUUUUUUCCUUCCUAAGAAGAUUAAAGAAGUUGAGAACUG